AGAAGAUUAGUUCCACCGCGCUCACUGUUGGUCUGUCGUGAUGCUGGCUUAAUACAAACUGUUAGAAAUGUUGUUACUGUAAAUAGAAAAAUACAGUUUUUGAACCAGGUCAGUAAAUACCUGUAAUAUUCUCAUCCCCACAGUAGUGACUAGGUUUUGAAGCAAGCAGGUGUGCUGGUGUCUUGCUGCUGUGAAGAUGGUGUUUGUUAAAAAGGAGAGUGAAGAGAACACGAUUGAACCAGAAACACUGAAAAUAAAACUCGAGGAAACAGAAACAUGGAGAAUAAAACACGACCCAGAAACCAGGAGAAUAAAACAAGAGGAACCAGAAACCAGGAGAAUAAAACAAGAGGAACCAGAAACCUGGAGAAUAAAACACGAGGAACACGGAGGCCUGAUGAAAAUGAAAGAAGAAAGACAAGAUCUGAUUGAGGUGGAUGAGAAAUAUCCGGAUCAGAAAGAUCAUGAUGUCAAUGAAGAAAAAUCUGUGAGUUGCAGCAUUAAAACAACAGAAGUCAAGAGGCCUUUCAGCUGCUCUCAGUGUGGAAAGAGUUUUACAUUGAAAACAAGCCUUACUAGGCACAUGUUAACUCAUGCUGGGAUGAAAUCUUUCAGCUGCUCUCAGUGUGGAAAGAGUUUUAGACUGAAAUCAUACCUUAAGAAACAUUUGGUAACACACUCAUCAGAAAAACCUUUCACCUGCUCUGAGUGUGGAAACACUUUCACGUGUAAAGCAAGCCUUAGGAAGCACAUGUUAAUUCAUGCUGAGACAGAGCCUUUCAGCUGCUCUCAGUGUGGAACGAGUUUUACAAACAAAUCAAGACUUAAGAAGCAUAUGUUGAUUCAUGCUGGGAUAAAGCCGUUCUCCUGCUCUGAGUGUGGAAAGGGUUUAACAAAGAAAUCAGGCCUUAUUAAGCAUAUGUUAAUUCAUACUGGGAUAAAGCCUUUUAACUGCUCUCAGUGUCGAAAGAGUUUUACGUGUAAAGCAAGUCUUAAGAUGCACAUGUUAAUUCAUGCUGGGAUAAAGCCUUUCAGCUGCUCUCAGUGUGAAAACACUUUCAGACAUAAAGCAAGCCUUGAGAAGCACAUGUUUAUUCAUACUGGGAUAAAGCCUUUUACCUGCUCUCAGUGUGGAAAGAGUUUUACGUGUAACGCAAGCCUUAAGAUGCACAUGUUAAUUCAUGCUGGGAAAAAGCCUUUCUCCUGCUCUCAGUGUGGAAAGAGCUUUAGAUCUAAAUCACAGCUUAAGCUGCACAUGUUAAUUCAUACUGGGAAAAAGCCUUACACCUGCACUCAGUGUGGAAAUGGUUUUACACAGAAAUCCAGCCUUAAGGAUCACAUGUUAAUUCAUGCUGGGGAAAAGCCUUUCUCCUGUUCUCAAUGUGGAAAGAGUUUUAGAUGUAAAUCACACCUUAAGCAGCACAUGUUAAUUCAUACUGGGGAAAAGCCUUACACCUGCACUCAGUGUGGAAAGAGUUAUAAACAGAAAACAUGCCUUAAGGAUCACAUGUUAAUUCAUGCUGGGGAAAAGCCUUUCUCCUGCUCUCAAUGUGGAAAGAGUUUUACGUCGAAGCGACAACUUAAGGUUCAUUUGGUAACUCACACUUAAUAAAAGCCUUUCACCUGCUCUCAGGCAUGUUAAAGGGGUCAUCGAAUACCCAUUUUCCACAAGCUUAUAUAAGUCUUUAGGGUCUUAAAGGGGUCAUAUGAUGCAAUUUCAAUUUUUCCUUACUCUUUGGAGUGUUACAAGCUCUUGGUGCAUAAAGAAGAUCUGUAAAGUUGCAAAGACUAAAGUCUUAAAUCCAAAGACUUAACUUAAUAAAAGUUAAGGGUCAACCACAACCCUUUAAAUGGCUCAUUCUACCAUGCCCCCACAUCUCGAUGUCUCUUUGUGGGAAGAAUUGCAUAACACUGCCCGAAUGUUCAGACAAAGAAUGGCGGUGUAACAUUUAUUCUCUUUAUGUGUGUUUCGUUGAAGUGAAAGUUUUUUUGGUCUUCCAAAAGAGGACAUGACUAGAAAUCAGUGGUUAAGUUGUAUGUUAACACUGUUCCAGAACAGUCCGACACAAAUAUUUCGAUGUUUGCUGCACAUUUUAUGGAUGAUGUUUCCUAUGGUUGGGCAGUUCAAAGUUUUCAAGACAGUCUGGCUCUUCUGACUCACAGCCUGUAGGUACGUUUUUUAUAUUUAAAUAAUUUGCAGUAGAGUAGGCUUGUUGUUUCUCAGAUCACAAAUGCAGACAGUUUUAUGUUUACAUAGCGCGAUACGCAAUGCAAAAAAGACAUAAGUCAUUAUAAUUAGUAAUUAUAUCCCGCUGGAUGCAACAUAUGCCUCGUUUGUAAUGGGUUUUAUUUGUUUUGUCUAUCACAAACAAAUGUUUUUCUAUUGACCGGGUCUUCUUAGUCAAACCAGUUCACCAAAUCUAUCUGAAUCCUUUGAAACGGUUUACGUCUCCAGUAUGCACUAAUCCACAAAUAGCUUAAGUUAUUUGGUUUAUAAAUGUGACUUAAGGGGGUCACACACUGGACAAGAAGUGCAGGGCCGCUCCGGUCCACGUCUAGGACAAUUUGAGAUAUCGCACACCGGACGCUCAAAUUCUGUACACUGGAGCUCAAUAUCGAAUCAAGUUCUGAGCAGCAAGAGGAAUGAGUCAUAAUUCAUUUAUUAUUAUUUUAAAUACAUUAUUUUAAUUGAUAAUAACUGAGUUUUGUACAUUAAUUUAUGAAAAUAAUCUGUUAUAAUUUAGUCUAGGUUAUCAUUAGCAUUCUAGAUUACCAUUCAUCAAUUGUUUUGUAUUAUAAGCAAUUUCAAAAUUUCUAAUGCUGUAUCUACUAAUACUGAUUUGUUUGCUCAAUAAAAACAAAGAAGCGACAUAUAUUUUAUAAGUAUGGUUAUUUCUUAACGUUUCUUAGGACUGUCACUGUACAUUUUACCUCGGAUUGAAAAUUAGACAUUUUUACUUGGAAAAACUGAUGACAAACGCUAUCUUCCUCCAUGUUUAUGACUUCCUCAUGUUGUCUUUGAAGAAUAUAUGGUUGGUUGCAUAAAAUACUGGGUAUUUCCCUACAUCGUUGAUUAGUUGUUCAUCUUUUGCGGUCCGCUAAUCUGCUAUUUAAAUUACCUAAAGUUUGUUUUGAACGUUGUUACCUGGUAAAUCUAGUGGGGGCUGCCGACGACAAAUCCUGAAAAAUACUGUUAUAUUUAUGUAUGUAAAAAUGUCUCAAGAGAAAACUGCCAACACACAUUACAGUUCAAACAAUAUGUAAAGUGAUUUUUGCAUUCGAUGACCCCUUUAAACAUACUUUUCAAUGUAUCAACAAUAAAGCAUAUCAGAGCAAAUCAGACAAUUUAAGAUUCAAACAGAACAGUGUUGAAAGACAGAGAGCUGAAUUCCACGAAGACGCUCAAGACAACAGAUGAUCAUACUGUAAAUCAGAUCUCAUCACCAGCCUGAAGUAAGCCUAACCAACCAACUCUUUCAGCUUUGAAUACCUUGCUGCAUUAAAACAAAAGACAACUUAUUGAUCAUUCAACUCCGGAAGGAGAUUGUCAAAUUUGGGACAAAUAACAAAGAUUAAUGGUCAAAGAGACACACAGCAUGACCAUCACAUGCAAAUCCAUGAAAAAAAAGCAAGAGAAGACAAGAACCAGACAGAUUCUUUCUAGACCCUUUUUUUUACCUUUUGGUUCUCACAUUCACAGAACUACACAGAGACUAUAUUUUAAAUGAAUAAAUGCAUCAGAGAUAAAUCAAAAUAAUGCUAAACUGACAAAUUAACAAAUAUCCUUCCAAUGCAUAACUCCUUGUGAUGAAUGUAACCAACACAUUCUAAUCACCACUGUUGGGGAAGGUUACUCUUAAAAUUAAUGGAAAUGUAAAUUCACGUCUGUACACUAGAAUAAAGAAGAAAGUUCAACACCAUUCAGCAAUUAAUAAAGAAGAAAUGUUUAUCUUUUCAAAUUUUUACUUAUUAGUAUGGUUGAAUUGGAUAAUCGAAGAUCAGUGGCAAAUUGGUGAAUGAAAUUGGAUUCAAUUCAUGAAGGAUAUUUGUAUUAUUUGACAUGUUUAUUUAAUACAUGUUUAAUUGAGGGACUGCAGAUGAAAAUUAGACCGAAUGACUAAACCUGACACAUUUACAUGGUGUACUUGUUUGCUCAUGUUGAUUAAUGUGCAUUGUCCUUUUUUAAUAAAUAAAUAAAUAAAUACAAAAUGCAGCUUUGAGUCAUAAUCUGAGUUCCUUUUAAGUUCUAUUUUUUUUUGCUGGUCAUAAAAUUAGAGUAUCAUCAAAAAGUAGAUUUAUUUGACUAAUUCCAUUCAAAAAGUGAAACUUGUAUAUUAUAUUCAUUCAUUACACAACGACUGAUAUAUUUCAAAUGUUAAUUUCUUUUAAUUUUGAUGAUUAUAACGGACAACUAAGGAAAAUCCCAAAUUCAGUAUCUCAGAAAAUUAGAAUAUUAUUUAAGACCAAUACAAAGAAACCAUUUUUAGAAAUCUUGGCCAACUGAAAGUAUUUAACAUGAAAAGUAUGAGCAUGUACAGCACUCAAUACUUAGUUGGGGCUCAUUUUGUCUGAAUUACUACAGCAAUGCGGUGUGGCAUGGAGUGGAUCAGUCUGUGGCACUGCUCAGGUGUUAUGAGAGACCAGGUUACUCUGAUAGUGGCCUUCAGCUCUUCUGCAUUCCUGGGUCUGGCAUAUUCACAUCUUCCUCUUCACGAUACCCCAUAGAUUUUCUAUGGGGUUAAGGUCAGGCGAGUUUGCUGGCUUUCCUUAAACCAGGUACUGGUAGCUUUAGCAAUUUGUACAGGUCCUGUUGGAGAAUGAAAUCUGCAUCUCCAUAAAGUUGGUCAGCAGCAGGAAGCAUGAAGUGCUCUAAAACUUCCUGGUAUACAGCUUUGUUGACCUUGGACCUCAGAAAACACAGUGGACCAACACCAGCAGAUGACAUGGCACCCCAAACCAUCACUGACUGUGUAAACUUUACACUGGACCUUAAGCAAUGUGGAUUGUGUGCCUCUCCUCUCUUCCUCCAGACUCUGGGACCCUGAUUUCCAAAAUGCAAAAUUUACUUUUAUCAGAGAACAAUACUUUGGACCAUUCAGCAGCAGUCCAGUCCUUUUUGAAGCAUGACACUUCUGACACUGUCUGUUGUUCAAGAGUGGCUUGACACAAGUAAUGCGAAGCUGAAACCCAUGUCUUGCAUACGUCUGUGUAGUGGUUCUUGAAGCACUGACUCCAGCUGCAGUCCACUCUUUAUGAAUCUCCCCCAUAUUUUUGAAUGGGUUUUGUUUCACAAUCCUCUCCAGGGUACGGUUAUCCCUAUUGCUUGUACGCUUUUUUCUACCACAUCUUUUCCUUCCCUUCUCUUCUCUAUUAAUGUGCUUGGACACCUAGCUCUGUAAACAGCCAGCCUCUUUUGCAAUGACCUUUUGUGUCUUGCCCUCCUUGUGCAAGGUGUCAAUGGUCGACUUUUGGACAACUGUCAAGCCAGCAAAAAAAUGUGAAUAUUGUGAGGUUCAACAUUGAAGACACUUGGAGCCACACUGUAAUCAGCUUAUUAACUCAAAAUACCUACAAAGGCCUUUAAAUGGUCUCUUGAGUUAAGUUCCAUAGGCUACACAAUUAUGGGGAAGACUGAUAAACCGUCAAUGGAGACAGGUAGUAUAAGUCAGCUGUAUUUAUACCCUAGGGUUGAUUAUCUUAAGUGGGCUCCACCUGUGCUAAUUACACUAAGUAUCUGACGUGCUCUUCCAGAAUCUUGUUAAUGAAACUAUAUUUCAUGAGUUCACACUAACAUAUAAUUAGCUUAAGUAUUAUUAUGAAUAUUUGGCAUGCUGUCCGGGGAAGGGCUCUGAGCUCGGGAAUGGCCCGAACCUAGAGUAUCCCCCAAAAACCAAUAGCGGAAGGGACAGCCGACAGACUAAGGACCCCCCCAUAAUAGCUUUGAGAUCUGGCAGGGGCUGAUAUUUAGAAAGUCAGCUGGUUGGCAAGUUGGAAGAGCCUAUGUACUCCAGUGGGAGCAACUUUACAUAUUUGGAGAGAUAGGCCCACCGGCUGCUUGUAUCGGAUUAUGUGAUUUGGGGCGCCCGGUCGGGAGGGCUCGAGCCAUUGCACAACCGGAGCACCUCACUGCACUGAAACUGAUGAGCCCUACAGGCCGAUAGAGUAGGAGCAACGUGAUUGGGUGGCCCGACCAGGAGGGCCCGAGUUGCCUCAACUGGAAUAGGUCAAGGUCUUGGUGUACGGGCCCUACUGGCUGAUGGGCCCUACUGGCUGAUGAGCCCCUGCUAAUCAUUGAGCAACCAGGGCAGAUAACUGACCGAGAGGACCCAUGAAGCCUCCGACUAGAGAUCAAGACUGUACAUCCUCUCAGUUGAGCAGAUAAACAGGCUUUGGGUCGCCAACAAAGAGGACUCUUGCGACACCCAACGGGAGAUCAAUACUCACGACAUCAGAUGAAUAAGACCUUUUUGUGGGCAGCACGUAAAGAAAACCCAAGCCUACAUUUGACAUGAGCACAAUACUCAACGGCAUAAGACGGGUAAGCCUCGCCGGCCUGGGAGUGGUAAAAGGAAACCUCAACUGGGCAUGGACUCAGAGUGGGGACUUUGAUGGGCUGAGAGUGGGCCCCAGCUUGGAUACAGUUAUGAGCCCCAGUUAGGCUGCCCAUUAUUGUUUAUUUGCGGGUCCCAGAUGGGCCAAAUUUGGGCUAAAUUAAGAUUUAUUUAUAGAUACAUAAAUUGUCUUUUUUUUCUUUGCAGAUUAUUUAUUUUUUAUAAAUAUAAAUAAAGCUAUGAUAAAAUAAAAUAUGUAGCUACAUACCCUAACAAUCCCAGCCGGCACAUGACCAACCUUCAACGAUGAAAUAUGGUUGAAAUAAUGACGGUUGUUGUUUCAGCAUUGAAACCACGUUGAUUCAAUGUUUAAAGCUGAACGGUUGUAGAACUUCCGGCACAUGACCAACCUUCAACGAUGAAAUAUGGUUGAAAUAUAGUUGAAAUAAGGUCAGGUGUUUAAACUUUCAAACAACAUUGAAAAUGUUUAAUGCUAAGUGAUUGAAAAAGGUUAAUAAACUUUUAAAUGAUUUAUAUUAAAUUAUUUUAAGAUGAUUAUUAUUAUUGUUAUAGUAUUUCACUAUAUUUUAAUCAUAAUACCUAUCCUAAAGGUGUAUGUUAUCAUCAUUAGCAACAAUAAAACUAAAUACAUUUCGCUGCUUUAUCACGCUGAAACAAUUCCUAUUGGUAGUUUUAUUUUAUUACUUUGAUCAUGAUUGGUUAAUCUGGAUGUCAUUCAGGAAAUUAAAUAUGAAUGUUAAUACAUUUUAAUUUAAUAUUAAGUUUUUUUUUUUCUUUUUUACAUUUAAGUACAGUACAGUUAUGUAACUUUUGUUAUAACACAUUUUAAUUUAAACUGUAAGUCUUUCAUUUACCUUUAUGUAAGCACAGUAAACUGUGUAUUUACAGUGUUAAAGUGGCUGACAACAAUAAAUAUUCUUAUUAGGAAUAAAACUUCCUCAUUUUUCUAACUGUACAGCUGUAGCUGAAUAGUUUGGCCUACUAAAAUGCUGAAAUUGAAUGUUAGUGAUUAUGGUGGAACUUAAAUAUUUUCUGAAGUGGUACUUGGUAUAAAAAAGUUUGAGAACCACUGGUUUAAAGUGAAAUCCUGCUUUUUAAGAACUUUUCAGUAAACCAUUUCUUCUUUCCCCUUGUGGUCAUCAAGGAUACAGUUUAUUCUUGAAACAACAUUGGUAUGAAAUUUCUGCUAGAGAUUCAUGUAACUUUUGGGAUAGGUUUUGAUUUUACUUUAGAUUUUUAAAACUGUAACUGGGAGCUCUGAAAACACUGUUUUUUAAUAAAUUGUUAAUAUUGUAAACUUUCAUCUGAAUACAUUAAAAGUGUUUAAUGAAUAGUGUUGUGCACUUUGUUUCCAACCCCCCUGUUAUUGAACUGAAAAGUUAAAAUAUUGUGUGAUUUAUUUUGUAUUCAGUUUUCAGUUAAAUGUAUUUUACUAUAUCAAAGUUGAUAUUUUAUGAGGAUUUAUUUUUGGUGUUU